AUGGCUACGAGAAAAUUGACUCACGAGGAUUGGAAUCCUGCGACAACAUCGACAACAUAUACCAGAGCUACUCUCGAGCCGAGACAUGAACGCGUCCUGAUACCCAAAACCAGAGAGCGCACCGCACUACGACCGAAACCUCUGAAUAUUCCAGCAAGCACGCAACUGAGGUAUUCUCCACCUGAACUGGAAGCGCCUCCGCCAUCACGCAAAGAAAGCUCUGAAUCGCAAUGCGACGCUCCUCGCGAUCCGGAAGUGGUAGACGCCGACCCUUCAGGAGACUGGCCAUGUCGCGACUCUCCCGCGCAGCGCAAUCGGCGAAAGCAGUCACCGAGUACAACUUCUCAAUACAGCACUCGGCAGUCUGAAAUCUCGCUUGGCAUAAUCGACUUCUACAUGCGAGAUCGGACUCCAUCGCUACACAGUCCUGAAUUACCCCCAACGCCCAAGUUAGAUCCAGCCAUCGAGAAGUUCGACUUUGGUCUUCCGGCAACGCCAACACCAUCUACGGCUCCUACUCCGGCAACGAAGCAUGCCACUGCAGGCGCUGAGAGAAAGGAAGAGCAGAUGCUCAUCUCAAUAUCACCGCCUGACAGGCCUGCUCCAAGCACGAACAAUAGCUAUCGUCUGUUCCCAGUCAUUAAGCAAGUGACACCGCCUCCAAGGUACGUUCAACACGCACACACCUCUCACGCGUAACCCUACUGUACUGAUACCCUCCAGACAGCCAGCCAUAACCCACAUCGCGCCGUUGCCUCUGCGAGACAUCACUCCGCCCAGCGACAGCAUCUAUAGACCGCGAAAAGAAAGCCUCAACAGCUCCGUCCACAGUCGCAACGAUAGUCUCAUCGCCGGGGCAAGGCAACAACAUAGACGCACUCCACCGUCAAGCAGGAUGAUUUCCACGGCUUCCUCCAACAACUCCCGCCGUACCACGUCAACCUCUACAACGCAACACUCUUGCACCUCGCCGGAGAUCCUCAAAUCCCGCUGGUCCGACGACACCAUCACGUCUCCCGUCAUGGCACCCACGCCCGACCCGAGAACUUCUUUCGGCAGCUUGCUGCGCCGAGACAGUGGCACCGUCUCCGCGGCAGGGCAGUAUCCCGCUUGCUUCUUCGAAGACGAUGACGACGAAGAAGUGCCUCUACGUCGCAGAUUCGGGACGUGGCGCAAGACGGGUUCCUCGACUGCUUCGAGAUCGAGCUACGGCUCGAGAAGAGCGGAGAGGAAGGGUGGGUUCUGGAGAAUGAUGAUGUGCGGUUGUGGUGGGCGGUAA